ACAACCCAAACAAGCAUGGCGGAACUUGUCCAAAAUUCGCGGCCGAAAGUAGGAGUCGGUGUGCUGGUGACGAGCCACAGGCACCCAGGCUGUGUUGUAGUCGGCAAAAGGAAAGGAGCAGCCGGGUCGGGAACAUAUGCACUGCCUGGAGGGCAUCUGGAGUUCGGUGAGGAGUGGGCAGACUGUGCAUCCAGAGAGGUGCUAGAGGAGACAGGACUGAAACUGAAGAACGUCAGAUUUGCUACAGUCGUCAACGGGAUCAAGUUGUCCGAGAACUACCACUACAUCACCAUCUUCAUGCAGGCAGAGGUGGACACUAGUCACCGGGAGGAACCGGUCAACCUGGAACCUGAGAAAUGUGAAGGAUGGGACUGGUACGCGUGGGACAACUAUCCUGACCACGAUCAGCUGUUCCGGCCGCUGCAGUGCUGCAGAGAAGAAGGUUACAACCCUUUCCCUACAAACAACAGAUGACAACAGGCACCUUCUACUAUAGCUAGUAGCUGCCUGGGUAGCAGAUCUUGGGGUGGGGUGGGGGGCGCACUAAAGCUAACAAGGCUGAACUUUUUUUUUAAUAUGUAUUUAUUCAACCAAGGAAAAGAACAUAAAAGGUGAAUAGCAUCAAACCAUAAUAACAUAAUGGAACAUUUGUGAAUAAUAUGUUUCAGUAUGACAAAUGACACACACAUGAAUGUCUAUCAACAUAAAAUGAAAAACAUGUGAUAUAACUGAGGAUUUAGAAAACAGAACAUAACAUACAUGACAUUGUAGGUAUCAUUAUCUGCACAUAAUGUUGAACGAAGAAUAAUAGAACUGGGGAGCAAUAUUGUUGAAUGGUUCCACAUGACUAAGAAAUCAACAAACAUGAAUAAUCUACCACCAAAAUUCCAGAGGUUAUUACCACCAUGGAAUGUCUACAACCUGACAGUAUCCUCAUGGAUUCCUUAGCUAUUAUUGGCAGUAUGUUUGGUAGCAAAUAGAUAACUAUUGUAGGAGCUUUCCAUGGUUCAAUAUGACAACUGAUAGGAAACACUACCCAAGUAACACAUAAUAACAGAUAUUUACAUUGGUUACCUGUCAAGGACAUUUUUAAGUAAUACUAUUUGCUUAACUAAACUAGUUCACAGUUUCUUUCUUUUUUGCAUUAUUUACUAGUAU